CCGCUUAUCCUCGACACGACACUACUGUGCGAGACGUGUCACCAAGGGGUUGCGCGGCCUGGCAAUCGCGCCUGCGCAAACACGCGCCCUCCGAUGAGCCUUCCGCACGGUUGAGCAUUUCCACCAUUCAGAAUCGAUGAUGUCACGAAGCGGAGCCAGCAUCCCCACUGGCCGUGUCGAGGUAGGCUGGUGGUGGCAACGUUACCCUCGCCCAUUGGUCCGGCGUACUCGAGGUACCAACACGAAUCGCAGGGUCGCCAGCACACGACCCAACGAGAGUCCGCAAGUCGUUGCGUGCCAGUCCGUGCGUGUGCUUUUACCUAAUAAUAUUUCCACGGCCAGCGGUGCCCGCUAGUGCCCGCUUCUAUCGUCUAGCCUCCCUUCUUUCUUCCACGCUCUCCUAUCUCUCUCUAUCUUUCUUCUUCUAUUUCUCUCCGCGCACCGGCUCUCUCCGUCGAGAGAGAGAGCCAAGGCAAGCAGAAGAAUCACGCUGCAGAGCAGCACGUGUGCUGCGCUCGUGCGGAUCGUGCGCCGGAGCCACCCCCAUGGUGCGUUUACCUGCGUAUUCGCGCUAAACUUGUUCGACGCGAUUUUAUUCUCAAUCCACGACUCGGUUCGAUCCGUGGCCAGUGUAUGGGACACGUAUUUUUUUCCCCCUUUUCUUUUUUUACAGAGACUCGUUGACGAUUGUUCGUUAAGUUAUUUUUUCAAUUUCUCGGACUCUGCCGGGGUGUUCUACCACGUGACUACGCGAUUGUUUAACAGUGUGCAAAGGAGAGUGACUGUAGCGACACACGCUGUUGCCUUCGUUCCGUGAAAAUUGUGAAGAAGUAUCUGCGCCAGUGAUCGCCGGUGGUGCUCGGUCCAGGAAACCGACCGAGGAAACGGCGGCGGCCGACGGCAGCUUUUGUGACCGGAAGUGCCUAAAAGCCCGAAGAUUCUGCCGUCGCAGCAACUGGGCGCUGCGGUCGCUCCAUGGCCGGGCGCCACCGGCCUCCUAGCAUCUGUCACCGCUGACGAUAUGGCACACAAAGGCCACAGCGGAGUGAAUCAGCUCGGGGGUGUGUUCGUCGGCGGUAGACCGCUUCCAGAUUCAACGAGGCAAAAGAUCGUCGAGCUAGCGCAUUCUGGCGCUCGACCAUGCGACAUUUCCAGGAUCCUGCAGGUCAGCAAUGGUUGCGUCUCAAAGAUUCUCGGAAGCAGGUACUAUGAGACCGGUUCUAUAAGGCCCAGAGCAAUCGGUGGCAGUAAACCGCGCGUAGCCACAGCGGAAGUUGUGAACAAGAUCUCACUCUACAAAAGCGAGUGUCCUUCCAUUUUUGCGUGGGAGAUCAGGGAUCGUUUGCUUCAAGAAGGUGUCUGUACGAACGAUAACAUUCCUAGUGUGUCGUCCAUCAAUAGGGUACUGAGAAAUUUAGCGGCACAGAAGGAGCAACGGCAGCAACAGCAACAACAACAGCAAGGGGUAGCUGGCGUUGGCGUAGGGGUUGGUGCUGGCAGUCCCGCAGAAAGCGUUUACGACAAACUGAGGCUACUGAAUGGCCAGACAACUGGUUGGCCCAGGCCGAAUCCAUGGUAUCCAUCGGGAGCUGGCAGUCCAUUUCCAUCGUUGCAACCUAGUUUAAGCCCGAGUCACUGUACAGCCCUGCCACCGGAUCCUGCGGACAUUCUGCACGCGAAAAAAGUGGCAGAGCUCGAAGGUGGAGCACACUCGGACGAGACGAACAGCGGCGGCGACAACAGCAACGCCGGAAGUGUGUCUGGAGGUACGGACGACGAUCAGGCGCGUCUCCGUUUAAAAAGGAAGCUUCAAAGGAAUCGUACAAGUUUCAGUAACGAACAGAUCGACGCGCUCGAGAAGGAAUUCGAGAGAACCCAUUACCCGGACGUUUUCGCCAGGGAGAGACUGGCCGGGAAGAUCGGUCUACCGGAAGCACGAAUACAGGUCUGGUUUUCGAAUCGGCGAGCGAAGUGGCGGCGCGAAGAGAAAUUGCGCACGCAACGGAGGGACAACCCGCAACACCAGCAGCAACAACAGCAACAACAGCAACAGCAGCAGCAACAGUCGCAGCAACAGCAACAACACACAGGUGGGGUAAGCUUGGUCGGUGCUGGUCAUCCGACUCCACCACCAGCCUCGGGUAUUUUGGCUGGUCAACCACCACCACAAGCACCGCCCUCUCCCCCUAGGAUACAUCAUGGUUUCGCACCCACCGCCGUUUAUCCUGGGAUACCCAGCAUGCCUGACUCGUACAGCCCCAUGACAUCCAUGCCGAGCUUCACAAUGUCCGGUAGCAGCCAACAGAACCAGCACACAACCAGCAGCAUGUCCUCUCUGUCGACCGGAGGUGGAAUGGGUCCUAUGGGUAUGACCGUAGGUAUGACAGUGGGUCCCAGUCCCGGUGCCUGUCUUCAACAACGGGACAACGGCUAUUCCUGCGGUGUUGCUCGUCCUCCGAGUUACGAACCUCUGCAUCUUGGGUACGGGGCACGACCCACCUGCAGCCCCACUCAACCAUACCACGCCGCGGGCCUGAAUCAGUACAAUCAGAACACCAGCUCGACCGGUUUGAUAUCACCGGGUGUCAGCGUUCCAAUCGCUGUACCAGGACAACCAGCACCAGACAUGGCAGCCCAAUAUUGGUCCCCCAGGCUCCAGUGACCGUGGUGGUCAUCGGUAUCGACAUCCUCUCCAUAGACUUGAGCUUCUUUCACUUACGUUAGUUGACAAACGUUAGAUACAGGAAAACGCAAGGAGAAGACGUUCGAAAUCGAUGAAAGAUAGUUAGUUUUUGAUAAAGUUCGAAACCUUUUAAAGAAGAAGGAAGGCGAUAAUGAUGAUGAUAUUAGGAGACAUUCGUAUGAUAGGGUGUCAAGCUUGACACAAGAUAUCGCAUGUACAGGGUGUCUCAAGAAAGAAAAAUAUACAUCGUGAAAAAUAUGAA